CACGAACACACCCGAAGCUUUCUUUCUUUUCUUCUUCCCGCCUUUCGCUCUUCCUUUCCGGUUCGCCGCGAGUAAGGUUUACGUUGCUUUCGGCCGACGCCGUUAAUAUCUUUCCCCAUCUUCCAAAAUGAAGAUCUAUAAGGAUAUCAUUACAGGUGAUGAGAUGUUCUCAGACACCUACAAAAUUAAGCUGGUUGAUGAAGUCAUGUAUGAAGUCUAUGGCAAGCUGAUUCAACGGAAGCAGGGAGAUGUUCAAAUCGACGGUGCCAACCCAUCUGCUGAGGAAGCUGACGAAGGUACCGAGACUACUGUUGAGUCAGGAGUUGAUAUUGUUCUGAACCACCGACUUACCGAGUGCUUUGCCUUCGGUGACAAGAAGUCCUACACCCUCUACCUUAAGGACUACAUGAAGAAGCUCGUUGAAAAGCUCCAGGAGAGAGAUCCUGAGCAGGUUGACGUCUUCAAAAACAACAUCAACAAAUACAUGAAGGAUGUCCUUGGCAGGUUUAAGGACCUCCAGUUCUUCACCGGUGAAUCCAUGGAUGUUGAUGGCAUGGUUGCCAUGGUUGAGUACCGUGACAUCGACGGUGACAGUGUGCCAGUCUGUAUGUUCUUCAAACACGGUCUGGAAGAGGAGAAGUUUUAAUCAUGGACUGCAAAGUGCUAAAUGUUUAACUAACAAAAUAAAGAACUAUUCAGUGUGGAAACAUGUGGAGUGUAUCUGCUGAAGCACUGCUUUUAUGAUUGUAAAUAAGGCUCAGACCAGUUUUUGUAUUUAUUUUUACUGGAGGAUGGGGAAAGACAUUGCAAGAAACCAAAAUAUUUAUACUAAACCUCAUGUGGGUAUGAAAUUUUAGGAAAAAUAAAUUCAACCACCUUUUUCUAUGUAA